AUGGCGCUCUCCUGUUUUUCUCAAGCUGGCAAGCAGGUCAAACUGUCUGAUGGAACUAGCUACGCGUAUCUCUACCUCCCCGCCGCACCAAGUAAACCCACACUUCUGCUGCUUCAUGGGUUUCCGAGUGCUGCCUAUGAAUGGCGAAACCAAAUUGAACUAUCCCGAAAUGGUUUCGGAUUAGUGAUACCUGAUCUCUUGGGAUACGGUGACACUGAUGCGCCUAGCGACAUUGAAGCUUAUUCUCUCAAAACAAUGAGUAGACACAUUUCUGAGAUCUUAGAAAAGGAAGAGAUCGAACAGGUUAUAGGUGUGUCUCACGACUGGGGAUGUGGCCUUCUAUCCCACCUACACUUCUGGUAUCCCGAGAAACUGAAAGCUGUCGCUUUUCUUUCGGUUGGAUAUACAGAGAUAUCUGAGAAUCCCUGGGACCUGGACGGAUUAAAUGCCAUGAUGGAGAAGGCUUUCGGUUACGCCACAUUCGGUUAUUGGUAUCUCUUUGAAAGGGACGAUGCUGGAAAAAUACUUGACGGUAAUGCGGAGUGUGCGGAAGCUCUGAUAUAUCCGGCAGAUUUUGAGGACUGGAAGAAUUAUCUAGCACCCAAGGGUGGCUUUGAAAGAUGGAUUGAUUUAAAGAAGAAUCCCGGGCUUCCUCAGUGGUUGACCUCAGCAGAGAUGGCCGAGCACAAUCGUAUACUAGCCAAAAAAGGGUACGGUCCGGCUACUAAUUGGUACAAAGCUGGACUUCGUGGUGUCGACCUCCCGAAAGUCGCUGGAAUACCUUUAGAUCGCAACCGUGUCAAUCUUCCAUCGUUGCUCAUUGUUGGUAGCAAGGACUGUGUAACCAGAGCGGAAGUGGCAAAACAGGGCACAGCCAAGUGGGUAGAGAACCUUAGAGUAGAGGAGCUUGAUUGUGGCCACUGGAUUCAGCUGGAGAAGUCAAAGGAACUGAACUCAAUUCUUCUGAGCUUUGUGAAUGGUGUCACUCAAUAG